CAUGGCGCAAACAGGGCAAACACCGGGGCCGGGCUCGUACCACCGUAAGCGGGAUACGGCGGGGGUAUUAUUGAUUGGUAUCUAUGGAAGGAUUCCGUGAAGAUCGUCACCACAUCAAAUCCCGAUGCCCUCUGUACAUACUUCGGAGAUAUGUAUGUUGUAGAUACUAUCAGAAUGACAGGGGGCUGACGGUGGCCACCGUGUACGACCAGGCGACAUGCCACCCAUUUUCAAAAAGAAAACAUCCGUUGUCAAUGCAACAUGCCGGUGCCUUCAGCAUCCGAUCUCACCCUCACCCUCACCCUCACUGCCACUGCCCCCCAUGCACUCACUCCGCCACAAUCCACCAGACACGGACAUUCCAUCUCCUAAUUCCUCCCUCCUGAGGGGGAAAAGGGGACUCAUUUUUUAUAACCCGAGCUCAGCCCUAACCGACUCAAUUGACCUCGAUCCUUCUCAGAAACCAAAACCCACACACUACUUCUUCCGGACUAAACGAUGUCAUCCAAGUC